AAUUAAGAUUAGUACCAGUGGAGGAACUGAUAAUGAGCAACCACCUCCAUCACAAUCUUUAACAUCAGCAUUGACAUUCUCCGAGAGACAGAGUGUUGCUUCAUCAGAAGGCUUGUCCCUAUCUAGUCCAGAAGUAUUAGAAUGUGUUUUUCUACAUGCUUUAGGUUGGGCAUUCACAAGUGUUGUAGAACAAUCGUAUCAAAGAGCUGUAGACGCAUUUAUUAAAACAUUAUCCGGUUUGCAGACAGCUGAUGAAGGACCUGAAAAUAAUGUGCUACCUUAUA